AUGAACGGAAUCGCGCGCUACCUGCUUACAAGUGGCAUCGUCUUGGCAACGAUGCAGGCCAUUACGGGUCCAAUCGCUGACUGGAACGCGCGAAAGGAGGGCGCUGUGGCUCUAAAACUUGCCCUGCAGGCGUGCAAAUCGGAGGAAGAAGAGUAA